AUGCACCCGAUUUCGGAGAUGAUUUUUAAAAUUAUUCAACUGCUAAAAAUGAAACAAGAGCCUUCAUCCUCAACGUUGCUUGUUGCAUCAUCACCUACAUUGUCGGAUUCGUGCUCUCUUGGAGGUGAAGCCUCUUCUGCAGUAACAAGAUUGGAUGGAGAAGAGUUGAAGAGUCAAAGUGAUAAUAAUUUUCUUGUUGAUGGCUCGGGUGAUGGUAAUGAAGAAGAAGAGGAUGAGGUUGUUGUGGUCCGAAGAAUGAAGAAGAAAAAGAAAAAUUCAAAUAGAUCCUCUUCGUCAACAUCGCCUAUUAGUGUUGCAUCAUCGGAUGAAAUUGGAGAGGAAAUUAAGAAAAUGAGUAUUGAUGAAAAAGUUAGCAAGACAUUGUUGAGUGUUUCGAAUCAUGAUGAAGAGGCAGGCUUCACUUGUCCUUCAUUGUCGAAUUCUCCACCAUCAUAUGCAUUGUCACCAAUGAAAAAUAGAGUAGUUUCAUCAAAUGAUGGUGUAAAUGGAGAUAUUCGUUGUACAACAAGAUGGAUUGAUUGUUUGAUGGUUGCUACAUUUGACAUUGAACUUGGACAAAAAAUUCAUCAAGUAUAUCCUAGUGACUAUCCUAUUUCUCAAUCUCAAUUAUCAGAUAUUGCAUAUCUAUCAUUUCCCGAUGGAAAUAAUCAAACUUCAACCUCAGGAGCAUCAUCAGAAAAGCCAACUACAUGCACCUGGUCAUUUAGGACGAGUGACGACCUUUUUGGUUAUGUACAUUUUUUACAACAACAAGAUUCAACUGUAAAACGAGGUUGUUUAAUGACUUCAGUCAUUCUUCUAACCAAAUAUCCUUUCAUCAAAUUGUACAGAUACAUGGUUCAAAAAAUUGCCAUGAACUACUUUUCAGAAGUUGAGAAACAAAAACAAACAAAGAAAAACUCAUCAGAAUCAGUUUUGAGUGCUUCUAACAUUUUUGCACAAGUUAUGAAGCAAGUGAACAAUUGGGUUCUUCCUAAUGUAGAUUCUCAAUAUGAAUUGUCAUUCUUUGAACAAAAGAUUAAGUAUAGAUCUCCUCUAUUUAUUCCUUCAUCUCAAUCUUACCAAAAUAAGAUAAAUCAAUUGAAACCAAGAGAAGGAGGUGGUGUUUCAUCCGUUACUCCUCUAAAGGAGAGAUUAUUAGGAAGAAAGUAUCCAUAUCAGCAGGAGGUGAAUGUAUAUAGGAACUUUAUUAGUCAUAGUUUGGAAUCACUCGCUAAAUUUUGGGAAUUAGUAAUAACUGGCGAACCUAUACUAGUUUUGUCUCCAACACCUACACAAUGUUGUGUUUCAGUUUUUUCACUUGUUUCAAUGAUUGCUCCAAUACCGUACGGAGGCGAUGUAAGACCAUAUUUUACUGUACAUAAUCAAGACUUUAAAUACUUCUCUCAAAUGGGAGGUCACCAAGGUUUCACAUCAGCAAUCGUUGGUGUGACCAAUCCUUUCUUUGUUAAGGCCUAUGAAAAUUGGCCACAUAUUAUCACAGUAGGAAAGCAACACAAUUCCAGUCCAGUGAAAAAAUCAACCUCACCGCCAAGUACUUUCCAAAGUGCAUUCUCAGCCAACAAAAUUGUAUCCUUCUUCACUAAUGUUGACAAUGAAUCAAACGAAAGAAAACAGUUAAUGUGGGACUAUAAGGAAACAUUCUUAUCUAAGAAAAAGUCAUUUAUUGUAGAUGAUUUGGACAUGUCAGGUAUUAAAUUAUUAACUGAGGACAUUAACGUUAGUGACAGAAGCUCUGCUGACAGUCUCAAUAAUGACCAAAUUAGAAAAUUCUUUGAACAAUUGACCGAAGAUUUCCUACACCCAAUUCAUCAAUGUUUUGAUACACUUGUUUGUUCCAUGAAAACUUUCAUUGUACGAUCGGAGCAUGCAAAAGUUUUCAAGACUGAGAAAUUUAUCAACUAUAUCAAAAAGAAUGGAUAUAAUGAAAAGGUUUUCAAGGCCAAAAAGUCAGAUGUAUUUGAAAUGUAUAAGAGAUUUGUCUACUCAACCAAUUUUAAAUCAUUCAUGGAACAUAGAUUAAGAGAAGCUUAUGUAAAUGAUGUACAACAUACAGAUAUUGAUGAAUUUUUAAAGAAUGAAAAAUUCUCAGAAAUUGACCUUAUUGACCUCUUCCUACAAAUCAAACAAGACUUGGAAGAAGAAAUGAAAACCUACGAUGAUGAUGUCAUUGUAACUCGUCUACAAGUUUUCCUAUCUCAAAUUCUUAAAAGAUUACCAGAUACUCUUAAAUUGCAUUUAGAGAGACAAUUGAGUAAUAUGGUUGAAGACUUGAAAGAUAGCUUUUAAAAAUCCAGAAUAAUCUAUCAAACGCGCCAUUCACUGAAGGAGAUAACUAACCUUCCAAUUUUGAAUUAAAAUUUACAGUUUUUCU